AUGAGUGAAAUUGAGACGAUAAAUUUGGGGGAUCAAGAAAUUAUUAAGGAGACUAAGAUAAGUGUACAUGUUCGACAUCAAAAGGAUGAUAUAAUCCAGGCCCUGUUUGAUUACAAAGAUAUUUUUGCGUCAUCUUAUGAUGACAUGCCUGGAUUAAGCACUGACAUGGUUGUUCACAAGUUGCCAAUUGAUCCUAAUUUUUCUCCGAUAAAGCAGAAGUUGAGAAAACUCAAAAUCGACAUGAGUGUAAUAAUUAAAGAGGAGAUCACAAAACAACUUGAUGCCAAAGUCAUUCAAGUCUCUCAAUAUCCUUCUUGGUUAGCCAAUAUCGUACCCGUCCCUAAGAAAGACGGCAAAGUUCAAAUGUGUGUUGAUUAUUGUGAUUUGAAUAAGGCUACCAUCAGAUUUUUAUGGAUGAUGAAGAUGCAGAAAAAACAUCUUUUAUCACUCCAUGAGUCAAAUCAUGUGAAAGACUUAAGGAGAUUCUUCGAAAGGCUCCGCAGGUAUAAUCUCAAGCUCAAUCCUGCAAAAUGUGUAUUUGGAGUAUCAUCGGGGAAGCUUUUGUGGUUUAUAGUCAGUCGAAGAGGUAUCGAGUUGGAUCCUUCAAAAAUAAAAGCAAUUCAAGAAUUGCCACCUCCAAAGAACAAAACUGAGGUUAUGAGCCUUCUAGGAAGGUUAAACUACAUCAGCAGAUUCAUUGCUCAACUCAAAACAACUUGUGAGCCUAUCUUUAAGUUGUUGAAAAAGAAUUCCACAGUCGAGUGGACCGAAGAAUGUCGAGAAGCUUUUGAAAUAAUUAAGAAUUACCUGUCUAAUCCCCUGUGUUGGUUCUUCCCUAGCCGGGAAGACCUUUGA